AGAGGCACAAGUGAAUGUAAAAUGUAGACAAGAACCACAAAGCCCUUCGUGAUUUUCUACAACCAAUGCCGUUUUGGGGGUGAACCAGCUGGGUGGACUUGUGCGCAUUUUACACAGCUUUAAAAAUUUAAGCUUUACUGAGCUGUGUCUUUAGAAUUAACUGUUUUUGGUCAGUUUUUAAAUUUAAACAACUUUUAUGUAGUGUUCCUUUGGAACACGGCAUAUACAUUUGUUCUUCUGUCAACAUGCUCAUAGUUCAAUUGACUUAAAUUCCGUAAGGACUGCUACUGGCCAUGCAACCUGGUGGUCGAGUCUAUGUUUUGGCUGGUCUGGGUUUGUCUUGCCAAUGUUUUCGCAGCUGGACUCAGAAUUUGUUCGGUCGCAGCUUUGGCUCUAUGCAUGGACACUUGAGCAAGUGGAACAGGAAUGAGAACUGUAAUCCACCACCAGCCCAGGAAAACCCUCGUGUCCUUAUCACAGGUGGGCUUGGACAAUUAGGUGUGGGGCUCGCAGAGUUACUUAGGAAGCAGUAUGGAACAGAGAAUGUAAUCCUGUCCGACAUAAAGAAGCCCCCACCUCAUGUUUGUAAGAGUGGUCCAUUUGUAUAUGCUGAUGUGUUGGACUACAAACAUCUCAGAGAACUGGUUGUAAAUAAUGGCAUCACUUGGCUGGUGCACUACAGUGCUCUGCUGAGCGCUGUCGGGGAGGCUAAUGUGGCCUUGGCGCGCAAAAUCAACAUCACAGGUCUUCAUAAUGUGCUGGACUUGGCUCUGGAGAACUGUCUGCGCCUCUUUGUGCCGAGCACCAUCGGAGCAUUUGGUCCUUCUUCUCCUCGGGACCCUGUGCCUGACCUUUGUGUCCAAAGACCACAAACCAUCUAUGGGGUGUCCAAAGUUCACGGCGAAUUAAUGGGGGAGUAUCUUCAUAUUAAAUAUGGCUUGGAUUUCCGCUGCUUGCGUUACCCGGGAGUGAUAUCUUUCAACACACAUCCUGGGGGAGGCACAACAGAUUAUGCCAUUCAAAUCUUCCAUGAUGCCCUCAGCAAGGGUCACCAUGAGUGCUACUUACGCCCCGACACCCGUCUUCCCAUGAUGCACAUCUCUGACUGCCACCGUGCCACUAUAGAGUUCAUGCAGGCUCCCGAGUGCCAGCUCUCCCUUCGUACCUACAACAUUGCUGCCAUGAGCUUCACUCCAGAGGAGGUGGCCCACGAAAUCCGCAAGCAUCUCCCUCAUCUUAAGGUCACCUACAAUCCAGACGCUGUCCGUCAGACCAUCGCAGACAGCUGGCCGGUGAGAUUUGACGACACCAACGCCAGGAGAGAUUGGGGCUGGGUGCCAGUGUUUGGGCUGGAGGAGCUGGUGUCAGAUAUGCUGCACUCCAUUCAGGACAAGUGUUUGCCAGUCAGCUAGCAAUAUCUGCGCUGUAUAGACUAACUGACUUUGUUUCACCUUGAAUUAUUGUGCAUAACUCCUUAAAAUUGACUAAAUGAAGAAUACACACACACACACACACACACACACACACACACACACGCACACACACGCGCAUUUAGGACUGUUUUUCAGGAAUUACAUACUGUCCAGUUACAUACUCAACUGUGCUGUUUUAUUUGUUGUUGUAAUUGAAAAUUGGUAUGGAAAAAAAAAUAACAAUGUUAUUUUUAACUUGAAAAGCUUUGGCUGUUGAAAUUGACUGUGAUGAUGCUUAAACCGCACUUGCACCUCGGUUUUUGUUAUUAAUCUUUUUUAAAGGGUCUGAAACUGUACACAAACAUUUUUCCUUCAGAAAACAAAGUAAAUCCAAUUAAUCCAAUAUAGACAUCCAAAAGUUAACACAAAACACUUUGUAUAGAGAAUAAUUACGUGGAUUUUCAGCAUUCUUAGACUUAGACAGACUUUAUUGAUCCACAAGGGAAAUUGUUCCACACAGUAGCUCAGUUACAAAGGAUGGAAAGUGUAAGGAUGGAAAGGAUAAUGCAGGUAUAAAGUAGACUAAAAAUGUACCGUAGCAGCAAUAUGAAAUUAAACAUAUAUGUAAUAUUUACAUAUUAUAUAUACAGUAUAUAAUAUAUACUGAUAUAUUAUAUUAUAUUUGUAUAUAAUAUAUACAAUAUAUAACAAAUAUCUACUAUUGAUAAUAUAUUUAUUUAUAUCUGCACCUUAUUGCUCUUUUAUCCUGCACUACAACGAGCUAAUGCAACGAAAUUGCGUUCUUAUCUGUACUGUGAAGUUCAAAUUUGAAUGACAAUAAAAAAGAAGUCUAAGUCUAAGAAGUCUAAGUCUAUUCACGAGAACUACUGAGGACAGCCGUUAAGCGCCAAAUUACCCUUGUUUGUUUUGCGUUACCAGAGUGGUGCAUUCGAUGACACUAUGGAAAUACGAACUCUCUUUGACUCUUCAAAUUUAUUUGUCUCCAUGAUAGGUUAUUUUGCAACAGUACUUAGUAAAAAAAGCACAAAGACUAAUUCCCCUCAUGUGUUUAAUUGUACUAAAAUUGAGGUAAUGUUUGAAAACUAAGACAAAUUUUUGGUGUGUGAAAACCAAAGUUCCACUGCAAUUCAUAAAGGAUGCUGUACCAAACUAGUAAUUGCAAUUUAUUUCCAAGUUUUUGUUGUGAGUGCUGAGAGGUCUUGUCCCCUGCUGUCACCAAGCUGAAGUUAAUAGACAACUUGAGCACAUUUUGUUAACAUAUCAUAAUGUAUCAUCACAACACCCUGGUACAAUACAAAUGGCAGUGUAGAAGGUUCCACCAUUGCAUCACAUCAUUCCUUUUCUGUUCAUGAUAAUGUCUGUGGUCAAGCACCCAAAGCCCAAUUCCUCCUAACAAUUGUUUGGACUGAAAAAAUAUUAAGUUAAAAGUUAAAGUACCACUGAUACACACACUGACCACACUCACACUGGGUGUGGUGAAAGUACCUUCUGCAUUUGACCCAUCCCCUUGUUUCACCCCUUGGGAGGUGAGGGGAGCAGUAAGCAACAGCGGUGGCCGCACACCGGAAUAAUUUUGGUGAUUUAUCCACAACCCUUGAUGCUGAGUGACAAGCAGGGAGGUAAUAGGUCCCAUUUUAAUAGUCUUUGGUAUGACUCGAAUCCAUAAACAAUGCUUUGUAUGCCUUUUAAUCAUUUUGUGAUUCUCUCUGGUGUUGUAAGACAUACAUAUCUAAUGGGGCACAGGUCCCCCACAAUAAUUAUUUAAAGGGGUCCUAUUAUGCAAAAUCAACUUUUCGUACCUGUUGGUAGCUGUUUUUGUGUAUUUGGGAUCCCCAUAAAU